UGUGUGUGUGUGUUUUUUUGGACCGGUGUGUGCUCGGGCGUUGAGGCCCACACACGACCACCCCAGCGACGCCACUCCAAUUCCGCGUCUUAUGCCCCCCGUGUCGUACAGGCGGCGCGAUAGCAUCGCCCCUCCGGGCACCGUGAAUGCGGCCGUUGGGCGCGAAUUAAGGCGACCUGGGAAAAAUUUUGCUUAAAUUCUGUACGUCUAACAUGUACAGCUCUUAUGGUUUAACUGUUAGUUAAAUCAUAAGUCACGACAGUGUGAAUGUUCAAGUAGAAUACUGUUAUGCUGCAAAACCGUUGUACUACGCUGUUAUAGUUUGAUGCAUCAUUUAGUACAUUAUGCUGCGUUAUAUGAACAGUAUAGUGCAUGGUUCUUUGUGUCUAAAUCCACUGCUGGUAGAGAGGGCGUCCCCACACACUAUUCCGGUGUUGGGGGGGUAAUGUGAUUGUACUUCGGCCACACUGGUCAAUACGCAUUGGUGAAAGCGGGAAGCAUGGUCAUGGAAACUUAAGAGAAAUACAGCAAUGUAUGCUGUUGCACGACCCUCCACUGACCGUGACAUAGCGCUGCAAGCAAGUUGCUUAUCUUCUGAAAUCUGAUGAGAUUGAUCGCAUUCCAAUCAUCGACUCAAAGCCGUACCUGGAACGGGUCUGAAGGUGCCACGAAUAGAGUGGUGGUGGUACUUGCAGCUUUGCCCUUGGCGCAGGGCCUGCACACAUUAUGUGCACUCUCAUUCCCUCGGCUUGUUUAUAAUCUCUCGGUGACGUGACUGCCGCGUGUUUGACUCUGGAGACAGUGCAGAGGUGCUCAUGCCACUAAUCCGUGACGCGGAGCAAAUUCCACGUAAUUAAACAAUCGCAGCAAAAUACUGUCGGCUCCGUGUUGUCGGCGACUUAAACACGGAGGCAGGCAGAAUGAGAAUGUAUACAAAGUUACUGGCACACACUGAUUAUUCUAUAACUCCAUUGUACAGCAGUCGCCACGUGUAAUAUAUAUUUAGCUAUCUUUCCCUUGGUUCCCUUUUAAUUGUUCAUGUCGGUGAGUACGCGCAGAGUUUCACAGCUUUCACGUUCCUCGAGGCCAGUGGAAAGCCCCGAAACUGUUGUGAUAACCGCACGCACGAAGUCCACACUUCUGCUUUCAUUCUCUGUAUUAUUUUGGCUGCUCUGAAAAUGCAACCGUAGCAGCGUCCCGCAUGUCCUGGAUAAAUAAGGGGUAUCAUUAUCUCAAUUAGCGCGUGACCAACUCGCCUGCUCAUUCGCCCGAUCCCGUGGCGCAGGUUUGAACGUGCACAGCGCUUGAAUAGGUGACCGCUUGUGCACAAAACAGGUGCUGUAGGCUGUUGCAGGCUUACAUUGUGGGCAGUGGAAGCAAUUGAAGAAAAAUCCAUUGGUGUACUGUACUUUUGUGCUCCCGCCAUCCGUGCUCCCAGACUUGACCCCAACCCGCACCGACCAGAGUGGUAAGGUAUGGUCUGGUAAACUCUUGCACCUACACGGCAUUAGGAGGUCCUAUCCCGCAGAGGAUUGUCAACAGGGCGUGUGCACGUACAUCCUUACCAUCGCUCAUGUGUUGUGGUGUGCUGUAUUAUCCUGCAGUGGGAUGGGUGCUUGCUGCUCCAGAUAUCGGCCACUAUGAAAUCUACGAUGAUGACAAGAAGGUUUGUCUGAAGGCGCAGGCAGCUCUGCAGCUGGUUGUGAACAACACCGACGAUCUGGGUUUCCUGAAGUUCGACAUCAAUCCGAAUGUCACCAAUGCCAGUGGUUCUUGUUUAUCCAUUAUCUCCACACUGAAGCUCCAAUUCAAAGAGGGAUCUGUCUUGUUCACUUUUGCAAAGGAGAAGACAAAUGCAAUUUUGCAAACUAUUACAGCUGAACUGUCCUUAACCCCUUCAGGCCACGGUUAUAAUGAUACCUUCCACGGGAAGAUCCAACUGGCACCAUCCAACGAAUCGUUUGAGUGUCACUCCCCGAACACAGUUGUUCUUGGAAUGGCUCUCAGUCUAAUCGCGUGGGACGUGCAAGUGCAGCCUUUCGGCAUCGAUAAUGGCACCUUCUCACCAGGCGUCAAGUGCUCGAAGGAUUUCACCUCUACGACCACCCAUGCCACGCCGCCGCACAACCACACCACGCAUUCGCCCAAACCGACAACAACCUCCCCCGCUCCCACUCAUCCUCCCACUCAUCCUCCGCCGGUACCACCGGCACCACCGGCGGCGCCUUCCAAGGGCAACUACAGCCUCACCCAAGACAACCAAACCUGUCUCAUUGCCAUUUUGGCCCUGCGCCUCAACGUGGAGUACAUAAACCAAAGCUCCAAACAGGUCGCCCACGGCAUAUUCAACGUGGAUCCCAAUAACACCAAGGCCACCGGCCAUUGUGACCCCAACUCACCCGUGCUGCGCCUCACGUAUCCCCAGGGUUAUCUGACGUUCACAUUCGUCAAGAACGAGAGCAAGUUUUACUUGCACAAGCUGGAGGGCCUUCUCCAGCAUACUUUCCCUAACGCGACGCCUCACGAGAAGUACGUGGGAGCCAACAGCUCGCUGAAGCUGUUCCAGGCGAGCGUGGGCAACUCGUACGCGUGCAUGGCGGAGCAGUACGCGGUGGUGAACAGCACCGUGAACCACACCGUCAGGGUGGUUAUCUCGCAAGUCCAACUGCAGCCCUUCAACGUCACCAGCUCCAAAUUCUCCACAGCCGAGAAAUGCUCGCAGGACACGGACAACAUGCUCAUCCCCAUCAUCGUGGGCUCCGUGCUGGCCGCACUCGUGCUCGUCGUACUUGUGGCCUACAUCAUCGGAAAACGCCGCAGCCACUCCGGCUACCAGUCCAUCUAGGCCUCUCUCCAUCCUCGCCACCUUCCCAGCCAAUCCCCGCCCUAUCCCCUCACCACCCGGGCGGCCCUACUUUCCUCUGCUCUGUUCCCUCGCUGCCCGGCUCUACCUUCCCACUGCCCUGUCCCGUCACCACCCAGCCCUACCUCCCCCGCCCUGUCUCCUCACCACCCAGCCCUACCUCCCCCGCCCUGUCUCCUCACCACCCAGCCCUACCUCCCCCGCCCUGUCUCCUCAUCACCCAGCCCUACCUUCCCCCUGCCCUGUCUCCUCACCACCCAGCCCUACCUCCCCCGACCUGUCUCCUCACCACCCAGCCCUACCUUCCCUCUGCCCGUGUCUCCUCACCACCCAGCCCUACCUCCCCCGCCCUGUCUCCUCACCACCCAGCCCUACCUCCCCCGCCCUGUCUCCUCACCACCCAGCCCUACCUUCUUCUGCCCUUGCCAGCCAGAAUGUCUUCUGAGAUUGGCUGCGCAGCCUUUUCCCACGGUCCUGUUAAGACCCACAGCCCACUCAGAUCUAAAAUUAAGACAUUUCUGGGUAAAAUUUUUUUUUAAGUUUUCUUCUUCCAAAGUGGGGCUUUUGAUGGUAUAUCUCUGUCAACUUGAUUUGUUUAAUCAGGUGAGAACUACGAGACUAUUGUUUGCAUUUUCUCUAUGCAUAUAUACAUUGGUUGACUUAUGUUCUGCCACAACCAACUGCUAUUCCUUCAAUAUGAAUAUUUCUCCAGAUCUGAGUGGGCUGUUCAGACUUAUCUGGUGUGACGCAUUGCAGGAGAAUGCCGUGGUAAAUGCAUGUAAACUAGAAAAAAAUAUUUCCCAGGACACAAUAACUUUAUGCGUGUACCACGUGCUGGGCUUGCGCACCGCUUCCGACGCGAGGCCGUGGAAAUCGAAGCCACGCAGCCUCGACUGGAUUAGCUGCUUUGCCCCGAGGCCGUGGCGAUCUUUACCAUGUCUCACCGAUCGCUCUUGUCGUUCACCUAGCUGCCGUUUCCAAAGGCAAUUGGUGGUAGGUCCACUAUAUUGGCUCGGCCUCACGGCGGCACGCAUUCAAUGAGAUGCGUACGAUCGCGUUCGCCGGCCUCGAGUCCGAGCGGAAAGGUGUACCGGGCGUUGCGGUCGCGGCUGCUCCGAGCCAGGCCCGGUUGAUUUGGAGAGCAGCAGCAGCAGCAGCAGCAGCGUCCACCCUGAUAAGCGGCUUUGACAUCUAUCUACUCAAAACCUACUGGUAGCUGCCGGAACGAUAGAUCACUGAACCAAGAGUGAACCUCGUGCCCUGACCCUAAACACUUGGCCGACACUCAAGCCAACGUCGAUUCCCGGUGCAAACCUAGACUUUACGUGCUGCCCCCCCAUCGUGCUGCCCACUCGGGGCAGCCGUGCCACUGCACCGGAGGUCCACAUGCACGAGGAUGCAUGCUGCUUACGAGUCAGCCUAUGGAUGGGCCAUCGGCCAUUUGUCUGAAGGUUUGGUUGAUCGCAGGCAUUCUCGAAAUCGGUGAUCCUGCGCAGCGAUUGGAUGCGAGCUGUCUGCUCUGAGAUCUCCUUUGGCUGAGGGGCCUUUUACAGGCGUAGGCGAUGAUUGAUUGUGAUCGUGCUCGCCCACCCACUGAGUCCAGUGAUGUUCCACCGAGCGACGGCGCUACCCGGCCAAGGCUGCGAGCAACAGAACUCCGUUGCUUCUGCGAGCCAAUGGGGAGUUUAUAUAUAUAAGCGAACCGCUCGUGACAGCAUGCCGCUUGCUACGCUAAGCUUCAGCACCUGCACUUGCUGAUGUAAUUGUAAUAUAGGACGUCUGAAAUGAAGCUGCUAACUUUCCUCAAAUUGUAAAUGACGGGGAUGUCUGUGCAGCCACACACACAUCAGACCCUGCUCUGUUUCACUUGACUCGUGCAAGAUGAAUGCAAAUACCUUUGACCAACCCGAACAUAAGGCGACUCACGCUUGCUGUGACGCCUAGCAUUGGAAGGCACGAGGCUGGAACCUGACCUGUACCCAUUCAGCCUAACUUCACCAUCAAUCUCUAACCGCAUUGAUGCAACCCAUGGUAAAUGGCGAGAGCAAAGUGAGAAGGAAGGUGGUGGUGGUGGUGGUGAGUGCCGUCCGUGGUGGUUGCCGUGAGUUGACGUCGGCCCAACGGCUUCUGAAUUUUAAUGUGGUCGUGGCACGGGCGGCACUUGGGCUAAAUUAGCCUCUUGAUUCGAGAAGACGUGGUCAGCUUGUGUACGUUGGCAAUGUCAGAUUUUCUGCACCGUUCCGAGGCCUGCGUUUCGAAAUGGCGAGGGCAAUAACGGCAAUGAGUAGAGCAAAGAAGCUUGCUGCGAUGAUCCUCGCGUUGGCAUCGCCGAGCAGUUCGGGGGAGUGAGAGCGCGGGGAUGGGGCCCGUCGUGGUCUCGCGCCACGGUACCCAUUCCACCCCAACUUGGGGCUCGUCCGGGCCACCUUCGCUCAAACGUGGGCGCUCGGACCGGAGUGGUCACGCGAUUCGUAGGUGUCCCCUGCGCGGGUAUGUGUAGUGGCCACGAAUUUUAGGAUAUAUUGUUUGAAUAUACAGUACAGCACGUGUGGGGGCAGCAUGGCGAUUUGCGUGGGCGCCUAUAAAGGGUGACGCAAACUUGUGGACACUUAAACGCCCUUUGCCUGUCAUAACCAUGAAAACAAAAUUGCGCUUCCGGGUUUCCUCGGUUAGUUUAGUGAAAAUCUCUGCCUUGCACUCUUGGUAUUUUACACCUGCACUGGGCAUCGGUAAGCGCGGGAAAUCGCUUCUCCGUGGGCACCAACACGUUUGUUUCAGGGGUUGGGCUUUGUUCCAGCCGCCGUUUUGAUUUUCGGCAGUGCCUUGCAGGUCUUGCGGUGUUCCCCCCCCCCACCGAUCACCGUUCACCGUGCCCACCGAGGUAACGCGAUUACCUCUCCCUCGUCAACCCUGUGGCGGUGAACGAUUCCCGCGUCACCCUGCCACGUGGAGCCGGGCGGGGCGGGGGGGGGGGUCACGUUAACCCUGGAAGCGUCGCCCGGAGACUGGAAUGCUCUUGGUGGGUGCAAGGCAUAAACAUUCAAUGUUAUAUAGCGUGGUUCGUGGAAAACUGCAUCUCACAUUGCCGUGCAAGACAACCGCAGAAAUAUUGGCCCGCGCAAAUACAUAGCACGCCCUAACCCAGGUCAACUCAAAGGGCGUAGUAAACAAAAGGCUUUUUGAACUGGACUUAAGUUGACCAAUACGGAGCAGUAGUGCGGGCCACACAGUGGAAGCGCCACCUCCGAUUAGCACGGUUGGCUACGUGCGGUGUGACAAGUCCACCAUGCAGAUGGGAAGGCAUGCCCACUCAAUGUCUCACAUUUAAUUGUAGGCGGAAUGAAGCAGCUCCAAUACUGGCAGAACGCAGUGUACCCUGGUUGGGGGUGGGGUGUAGGUUGCAAGGAGGGAAGGGAGAGGCAUAGGCUGAAGGGAGCAUCUAUACCACUCCGGCUGCCCUCGCUACGAGGAACAGAAGCAACAAGUUGAACGCUUGACACUGGUAAAAAAGCGAUUGACGUGUUCCUUGGCCUGGUCGUGUUUCACGUGGACACCCCCUCCUGUCUUUGAGCAUCGUCCGAUCAGGAGACUGGCGCCGGAUUCUCUGCAGCGUGCGCUCCGCCGACGUCUUCGAAUCUACACCAACGAGUCUCAUUAAGUUGACAAGCAAGUUGCGCUUUCACAAUUCUUUAUCGGCGCCGCUGCAACGCCCUCCCCUCCCCGGUUAUAAAACAACAAUAACGUUCGGCAUGAAAGUCGUGGCCUCUCCGGUGAAUUGCGUUCGUAAUCCGUGAGCGGGAAGCGAUGCAGGCGCGUAACCACAGAGGGACGUCUUGCAUUUCAGGGGUUGAACGAGCUCUGUGGUCAUCUCCUCCAGCAGUGUCUGCUCGUAGCGGGGUAACAACCGGGGGCGUUGGUCGAGGCGCACCGCAUCAUUAUUACGAACCCAUCGCCCCAAAGGGAAUUGAUUGUCGCGUGGGAGCAUUUUGAUAAAUGUGUUUUAUUUUUUAAAUGGGAAACAGCUGCAUUUACAGUACUGACGUUACCAAUAAUGCCGAUGCGAUGUGUGAAAUGUUUAAGCAUAUUUCGUAACCGGGUGAGGUGGGUUCGUUUCCAAUUGCUGGGUGAUUUCGCGUGGCUUUUUAAAUGUUAUAUCUGUUGUGCAAAACUUACGAGAUUCUUUAAGUGCACUAAUCGCAUUAAGUAUAAGUUGAGGGCCUCUGUACGCUGGUGGAGUUGUUACCCGAGUUUAGUGUAAGGAUACAAUAAUUUCUGGCUAUAGAUUGUGUAAGCCAUGAUAGGGCCGCGUUGUUUUGCUUUCUUAGUUUAGCACGGCUUCCUGUAGUCUGAUCAUUUUCCAUAAUGUGUAGGAAGCAUCUUUACCCCCCCCCGCGUGUUGCGUCCCCCUCUCCCUGGUUCACGAGCACGCAGCUGUGCCGGCCUGCUGCCUGUAAACAGCUUCUGCUGCUACUCCCCGCUGUCACAAAUAUGCAACGUCCAUCGCGAGACCCUUGCACCACACCCGUAAUUGCGUGCGCGUGUGAACGGUGGGUCAGGUCUACCGGUGAUGUUGACCAACCCUGAUGAACCCCUCUUGCCCCCACCGUGAACCUAUGGUUUGUCUCCAAAUUGGGUGUGCGACUUGACUGUAGUACUGCCUGCCCUGGCUGUAGUACUACCUGCCCUGGCUGUAGUACUACCUGCCCUGGCCGUAGUACUACCUGCCCUGGCUGUAGUACUGCCUGCCCUGGCUGUAGUACUACCUGCCCUGGCCGUAGUACUAUCUGCCCUGGCUGUAGUACUACCUGCCCUGGCUGUAGUACUAUCUGCCCUGGCUGUAGUACUACCUGCCCUGGUGGUAGUACUACCUGCCCUGGCCGUAGUACUGCCUGCCCUGGCUGUAGUACUACCUGCCCUGGCCGUAGUACUACCUGCCCUGGCCGUAGUACUACCUGCCCUGGUGGUAGUACUACUUGCCCUAACCGUUGUACUACCUGCCCUGGCCGUAGUACUACCUGCCCUGGCCGGAGUACUACCUGCCCUGGCCGUAGUACUACCUGCCCUGGUGGUAGUACUACUUGCCCUAACCGUUGUACUACCUGCCCUGGCCGUAGUACUACCUGCCCUGGCCGGAGUACUACCUGCCCUGGCUGUAGCUCCAAACACCAAUCCAGUGGAGCUGCUCUGUCAAAGUGGUGGAGUCUCCUUCAGCUCCUAAAUUCGUGGUGAUGAGCACUUGCCGUUCCCAAAAAUCACACGGCAUUGUGAGUUUUCACCUAAGUUAAAAUCCCACCAAGGUGGAUGUUAACCUUAAUUAAACGGGCUUUAAACGCUGACAAUACAGCAUUGUGCCCUUCCUGCUUUCGAAGGCUUUGUAGCUUAAUGUUAGACUGAUGUUUAAUACUUUUAGGGGGUUUUCUUUUAAAAAGGGAUUUUUUUAAUUGGUUAUUUCUUGUCUGUAGACGCUGGUUUAAUGUAACUCAGAAGCACCAAAGCGUCGUAGCCACUUCUUACCACCACUGCUAGCAGAUCGAGAACCAUGCCGCACUCUGGUUCGGAAGCUUAUGGCCACCCUCCAAUUUUGCUGUACAGCUGCCAUAGUAGUGUAGUGGAGCGUAGACUGGAUUUGCAAACCAAGGGGGUCGUCGGUUUGAUUUCGUCUUCCGGCACUGCAGUUACAACAGUGCUGCAAGUUUCUCAAAUCCUUGUGCUUCUGUCCACCCAGCAGCAGUUCAAUUUGAAGUGUGGGUGUGCCCACCUCCUACACAUCUGGUCCACUUCGCUUUCAUUGGAGGAUCUUCUGCCAGCAUUGGUAUAAUAAGCAAUUGCAGGGCCGAGCCUUUACCAUUUUGGCUUUACCACUUGAAUAAUUGUACCGAAUGCCGGAGAGGGAGAUGGUGCUCCGCGUGUGAUGCAUGCUUUUCUGGAGCAAGAUGAGUUCCUUUCUCUCUUAAAAUGUAACCUGGACAUUGUGACACUGCAUGGUUGGCACUGCUUCCUUCCACCCAUUUCCAGAGUAGGUGGUGGUGGCUCGGUGGCAUUGAAUGUGUGAACCGUACUCUUGUCAGUUGUGGGGGGGUGAAGACGGUGGCGACGAGUGGCAACAUGCUGGCUGGUCUGGGUGGUUAGAACAUGCUUCAAAGGGACUUCAGUUAAUAAUUAACGGGUUUCUAAUUUGUGUGUAUUGUUUUAAUUGGCUCUCUUGAAUGUGCAGGUUGCGUUUGGUAAUAAAGACUUCUGGAUUUGA